AUGAUCGAUUGUAUAAAUACAAUACAACAAAGAAAGAUAAAAAGAAAUAAUAUUAUUAUUAUUUAUUUCGCAGCGAUGGAUAAUUUAGCAAAGCAUCAAGGACUUGUCGCAGCAGCUGCAUCGGUCAUCUUGACAACUUCAAUCAUACUUUAUAAAUAUUUAAAGACAAAUAAAAGUAAUAAUAAUAGUAACAAUAAUAAUAAUAAUAAUAAUCAACAACAACAACAAGGAGAAGAAGAAGAAGGAGUAACAAAGUUCCCAGAAGAUUGGAAUGAUUUAUUGAAAGCAUGUUAUUUAGAGUCAUAUGGUGAUACAAUCACUUCACUUGCAAAUGAUUUAAAGAAUUUAAAAGAUUAUUUGGAGUCUUUUCAAUCAUCUUCUUCAUCAUCCUCUUCAUCUUUAGCAUCAUUUGAAUCAAAUAUAAUUUAUAAAGAUAAUAACAAAUGGAAUGCAUUUCAUGUCAUUACAUCAAAGGGAAACCAACCAAUACUUGAACUAUUACUCGAACAUGUAAUAACUUGUUCAAAUACAAUUAAAAAUGAAAUAGAAUUAUUAUUAUUAGUUCAAAAUAAUAAUAGUAAUAGUAAUAAUAAUAAUAAUAAUUUACAACAAAAAAAGUUAAUUAAAUUAGAACAAUUACUUGAUAAAUUAAAAGAAUUAUUAAAUGGUGUAAAUGAUAAAGGGUAUACACCACUUCAUAUUGCAUCGUGUAAUGGAUAUGAAGAUAUUGUUAAACUGUUGAUUGAUAAUGGUAGUUCAAUUGACUCGAUAUCUGAUACGAUGGAGACACCUCUCUAUCUUGCAUGUGCCAAUCAAUUCGAAUCGAUUGUCAGAGCCUUGUUAUUGGUGUUUGACAACAAUGAAAAGAGAAAAGAGUAUAUCAACCAAUUCACUACACAUGGUUCAACUGCCCUCCACGUUGCCGUUCUCAGAAGAAAUGAAUCAAUUGUCCAACUAUUACUUGCCAACGGUGCAGAUGUACAUGCCAUUAAAAAGGAUGGUAGUACUCCACUUCAUGUAGCUGCUACAAUCGAUUAUCAUGAAAUCAUUCCAAUCCUUUUAGAAUUUGGGUCAAGUUUAACUUCUGUCAAUAGAUUUGGUAGUACUCCUAUUCAUGAAGCUUGUAUAAAAGGAAACUAUAAAAGUUUAAAAGUAUUAUUAUUAAAUCAACCAGAAUUGGUUAAUUUCAAGGAUAAAGAUUCAUCAACUCCAUUACAUUUGGCAUGUAAUAUUGUUAACAAGGAGGUGUCAAAUUAUAGACAAGUGAUCAAAGUAUUGAUAGAGUAUGGUGUUGAUUUGGAUGCAGUAGAUGAUGGUAAUGCUACUGCUCUUCACGUGUUGGCGUGUACAGGUGAACAAGGAAAUGAAUUGGUUCAAUAUCUUUUGGAUAGUGGUGCUAAUCCAACCAUUGAAAAUGCAACCGGUUGGACACCUCUACACCAUGCUCACAACCAAAACAAUCAACCUCUAUUUGAUAUGUUAUUGUUACACUGCAAGAAUUUCUAUCCAGAUUCUUUAAUUAAUUUCGAUAAACAUAAACCAAGACAAUUUAAAGAUAAAUCAUCAAAAGACAAUAAUAAUAAUAAUAACAGCAAAACAGAAAAGAUAUUUUUGGAAAGUGGAGAAGAAAGAUUAAAGAGAAUUGGGAAUGAAAUAAGACAAGGUAAAAUCAAGAAUAUUGUUUUAUUGACUGGAGCUGGUAUUAGUACCAAUGCGGGUAUUCCAGCUUAUAGAACAGAAGAUGGUAUCUAUAAUCGAAACAAACAAUUUUCAUUCUCAAUGCAAAGUAUUCAAGAGCAACCAACCGUGUUUUUCGAAUCGAUUAAAAACUACUUUUAUCCAGUCGUCACUGGUCAAAUACCACCAACCAAGACACACGAAUUUAUAUUUGACCUCUAUGAAAAGAAUGUACUCUUGCGCAACUUUACUCAAAAUGUAGAUGGUCUUGAUGAAAUGGUUGGUUUACCAGACGACAAAAUUGUACAUGCUCAUGGGUCACUCAGAUCUUGGCGUUGUAGUAACUGUCAACAAGCAGUCCCACAAGAAUUGGUCAAUGAACAAGUUUGGAAUAUUAUUGCCAAUGGUGGUAUACCAUAUUGUCAAAAGAGUCAAUGUCAGCAAUCCUCUGAACCACAGAGUAUCCUAAGACCAGAUGUUAUAUUCUUUGGUGAAUCUCUUCCAGUUCGUUAUCACCAACAAUCGAUCAAGGAUUUGAGAAAGUGUGACUUGUUGAUUAUCAUUGGUACUUCACUCUCUGUCUAUCCUUUUGCAUCACUUGUCAACGACGUACAAAGUCAUGUACCAAGAAUUCUUAUCAACAAAGAUGCUGUUGGACCAUUUAGAGGUGUAUCUGAUUUUGAUAGAUCGAAUCAAUCGUCUUCUUUACCAACAACAACAACAACAACAGAUUUGGUGAUUGAAAGUAGAGGUAACAGAGACUUGGAGUUGGCUGGCUUACUUGUCAUUGAUGUUGAAAAUGGAAGAAACCAAUUUGCUUAA